AUGCUGGAUAAGCGGCGACUCCAUGCCUCCGGUACGUCGCCUUGCACUCUGAUUUUUGUGGUCGCUUUGGCACUGACUGGAUGCUUCUCCUUCUGGCUUCACAUCGACAAUUCCGGUUCACCGACGCCAUACAGCGUAUCGGCACCGGGAUAUCUAUUAAUCUUACCCGGAAACGUAACACCCUCUCCGCAGCCAUAUUUAUUACACGAACUUCCGUUCGGUGACAAAUCAACUCUUAUUGAUAUAAAAGACUUUCGGUUCACAAUCAACAAUGAUCCAUGUAAUGGGACACAUCUAUUGUUGUUGAUGUUGGUUCACUCGGCUCCAGAGAAUUUCGUGAAGAGAAAUGUAGUCAGGGAAACCUGGGGCCAGCAAUCGUCAAAUGUGGCGCUCCUCUUCUUCGUUGGCUCAUCUGAUGAAUACCAAACGAUGUUGGAGGAGGAAAAUAGAAAAUAUAAAGAUUUGAUACAAGGCAACUUUCUCGAUGCCUACAGAAACAUGACUUAUAAGCAUGUGAUGGCAUUGAAAUGGGCUACGUAUCAUUGUCCAAGUGCCAAAUAUAUAUUAAAAUUAGAUGAUGAUGUUUUUGUUCAUAUACCUGCCAUGUUGGAUUUCUUGACGCGUGAUCUAUCACCAUGGGGAGCCAGGCGAUUGAUCCUUUGCGAUCUUCACCCCACAGGUACCGUGAAGAGAUCUUGGCGAUCUAAGUGGAGAGUCUCCCCUCAAGAAUAUCCUGGUAGACAUUAUCCUGCAUAUUGUGCAGGGUGGGCUAUAUUGUACUCUCCUGAUAGCGUAUUUCUUUUGUAUCGUGAAGCGCAGAAAGAGCCAUACUUUUGGAUAGAUGAUGUUCACAUUACCGGGACAUUAGCUAGGAAAGUAAAUUUAACACAAACUUCUCUGCAUUAUUUAAUGCUAACUAAUGAGAACAUGCAAGAUCUUCUAUCUAAUCCCAGUUCUCAUAGAGAGUUUCUAUUCGGACCUCCAAAUCUCACAGAAAACGAAAUAAGAGCCUUACAGAAUCUGGUCAUUAAACCACGGCCUAGUAGCGAAAGCCUAGUAAAUUGAAAUAUUUCGGAUACACGAAACAAAUUUAUGCAUCUGUGAUCGUUUUUAUUUUUAAGUCCAUUUUUUGAAUAAGAAAAUUUUAUCGCGAGUUAUAUUUCUUUUUCUACUUCAAUAAUCUUUAAUAAAAAUAAGAUUAAAAAUCAAUCAUCGCAAUAGAAUUCUUUUUAUCUCAAGAAAUAUAAAAAUCUCGGAGAUAAAAAUAGGCAGAUGCAUAAAUGUUCUUUUUAUUCAAUUCAAAAAAAUUUUUGUGAUAUUUGAUAUUUUAUGCACUUAUCACAUAUUUCAAUUUCAUGCAGAUAUAAUUCUUUUUGACAUAAACAUUCAAUUUUUUGCAUAGUAUUUUUACAGUAUUAUACUGAAUUGCAAAAGAAAUUUUAUCAAUAUCGAGUCGGAUAUCUUUUUACGAUAUUAUAUUUUUUUAUCAUAAUAAUUUCUUUUAUAUUGAUAUUAUAAAAAUGAUAUUAUGAUACCAGUGUUGAGUUAUUGUUUGUAUUUUAUAUAGUACUUACUUUUAUUUUAUAUUUUCAUUAUUUUUUUUUAAUUAUGGUUUGUAAUGUACUUGAAUAAUAUUUUAAUAGAAUACUUAAAUAACGUAUCCGAUUUGAAAAAACGCAUCAUAAUUAACGCACAAUAAGUUAUAUUCUUGUGGUGCUGUAAAGAAAAAUUAAUGGAGGAAAGAGAAGAAAAAAAAAAAGAAAAAGAAAGAUUCGUCCUGGGACUACCAGAGGAUUUAUCAAUAAAAUUUUCUGGCAGACCCGUGCCUUAGACACCGGGAUAGUAAGAACAAGAUGGGAAGUAUAUUUGUAGAAAACGAGUGUUCGUCCACCAUUAAUAAGAAAGUGCUCAAUGGCGAAAAUAAAAAAAAAAUCGCCAUAUUUCUUAUUUAUUUAUAUAUUUGUAUCUAAUUUGCGUAUUGUUAAGCUAUCUUUUAUUUAAAAAAUUUUAAAAAUGAUCAAAAGAUGCAUAUCAUAUUAAUAUAACAUAGGAACAAAUUUUCUUUUGCUAAUCAAUUAAUAUAAAACGAAAUGAUAAAAUCAAAUAUAAUUCUGAGAUUAAACGUGGUCAUAGAAGAAAAAGAUUUUAUAAAUAUAACACUAUUACAUCAAAAUUUAUAAUAUCAAAUUGUUAUGUGAGAAUUUCAAUAUAAAUUAAUAUUAUUAAAUAGCAAUAAGAGUACAACCCCAAAUUAAGGGUCCAUUCGCAAGUUAAAAGGAAAUUCUUGUUCUUAUAUCGCGAAUCGAUUUGAUAAUGCAGAUAAAAAAAAAAUUCUAAUUUUAAGUUCUUUAAACAACUAUUGAAAGCAAUAUCCAUGUAAAUGCACCUUUCUUUUUACAUUUAUCAUUAAUGAAUAUACCUCAGUAUACGUAUAUACAUAUACUGUAUAGUAUAAUUAUAUAUUUGAAUUUUAAAUUUUUUGUUUUUUUUUUAUUUUAAUUUAAAAUACAACGAAUACGAUUUGUAAAAGAAGCACACGAAUUUCUCUGAAGGACGAGCGACAGAAAGAAAGAUAGAGAAACAGAAAAUAUGUGUUUUAAAUGGUGACAAUUAAUACACUUCACUUCACUUCACUUCACAAAUUAUUGCUUCAAUGAACAUCUGUAAAUUUUGAAUUAAUCUGUAUACUUAUAGAUAUACGUACAAAAUGUUGGUGACUAUUAGUUAGCAGAAUUUUUUUUUUUUGUUUAACAUGAAAUAAACGAUUUUUACUUAUUUAUUUAAUUUAUAGUAAUUGUAGCACCAUUUUUUUGUCACUUAUAUAGAAAAAUAAAACAUUUCCAUUAUGUAUUAUCAAAUGUGUUUGCAUAAUGAUGGAGUAAAAUAUUAAUAAUUUCAAUAAA